UUUUUUUUAAGAAAAAAAAAAAAAAAAAGCUCUCCCUUUCUCUUCGCUCCUCUCCUCUCUUUUUCCCUUUCAAUAACCUUUUCUGAACGAGUUUCUUUUCUUUGAAAGACUACCCAUUGUAUAUUUCCUCACUAAUUACCAAGCACAGCUUUUCUUUUUAAAAAAGAAAAGAAAAAAAAAAAACUUCCCAUUCACAAUGUCAACCCCAUCACGCCGUCGUCUGAUGAAGGACUUUAAGCGCUUGCAGAGUGACCCUCCAGGUGGCAUCUCUGGUGCACCAUGCUCCGACAAUAUCAUGUUGUGGAACGCAGUCAUCUUUGGACCAGGUGAAACACCCUUUGAGGAUGGAACAUUCAAAUUGUUACUCCAGUUUGAUGAGACGUAUCCGAACAAGCCCCCGACGGUCAAGUUUGUGUCAAAGAUGUUUCAUCCGAACGUGUAUGCGAAUGGGGAGCUGUGUCUGGAUAUCCUACAGAACCGAUGGUCACCCACCUACGAUGUGGCUGCGAUCUUGACCUCAAUCCAAUCACUUUUACAUGAUCCCAACCCCAAUUCACCUGCAAAUGCAGAGGCUGCAAAUCUGUAUCGCGAGAACCGAAAGGAAUACACGCGUCGUGUCAGAGAGAUUGUAGAAACUUCAUGGGAGUCGUAGAAAUUAUAUAAUAAUACAGUUGCAC